GAGGAGGCAGACAGCAUCAUCACCCGGAAUGAGCAGACCAGCAGACACCUGGACCGUUUCCUGAUCUGCACGAAUCAACCUUUCAGCUUGAUUGAGAACCACUACUUCCUUCAGCUCAUCGACGCAGUUAAGAAGAGCCAUCCUAGUUGGUGGUCGUGCAAGAGGGACGAGAUGAGGACGAAGCGGUUGGACGGGCAGCGCAAAAUUGUUGGGGAUGAGAUGAAGAGUCUUGUGAGGAGGUGGGAGAGGACAGGCUGCAUGCUGCAAAUGGACGGGUGGUCGGACAGGAGGAACAAACCACAUCUCAACGUGAUGGUUUCCUCCCCGAUUGGCACAGUGUUUUGGAAGUCCGUUUGCAUGGAAGGAAAGGACAAGGACUCAGUGGCUUACUUCAAGCUGCUAGAAGGAGUCAUCGAGGAGGUCGGUCCGCGGUCCAUCGUUGGCGUCGUGAUGGAUAAUGCGAGGGUCUGCGCAAAGGCCGGGAAGAUGGUGGAGGCGAAGUACCCUGGGAUCUUCAGUGUGGGCUGCACGGCCCAUGCGUUGGACUUGGCAUUAGAAGACAUGUACAAGCGAUUGGAUUGGAUGAAGGAAGUCGUCGACAAGGGGAACCGAGUGGGCAAGUUUGUGACGAACAUCGACAAGGUGGCUGCAUUCAACGCUGUCACACGCAUCAUUGUGGACAGCGAAGGGUUUUGGGACGAGGUCAACAGAGCAAUUGCUGUCAUGAAGCCCGUGGUCAAGCUGCUGCGUUUGGUGGACGGUCCCGGAGCGACUGUCGGCAAAGUGUACUUCGGCAGGGACGAGAUCGUGGCGCGAAUGCGGGUCCUUGACUGUCUGACGCAGGACGAAAAGGCAGCGGUGGAGAACAUUCUCAUGGACCGGUGGGCAUUCAUGACAUCCGAGUUGCAUUGCGCUGCGGCGUUUCUCGAUCCCGAGUACCGGUCGCAGACAUUGCGGGACACGGAGAUCCGCGAAGGGUUCAACAUUUGGCUCUAUUCGUGGGCGCCAACGGAGUUGCUGAGGGAAAUCAGCAAGCAAGUCGACAAUUGGGUCUGCGGGGCAGGCACACUCGGGACACUGAACGCGAAGGAGCAGGCCAAUGUGCAAACACCAGCACUGUGGUGGGAGGCGUUCGGGGGAUUAUUGGACCUCCUCCAACCGCAGGCCAUCAAGCUUCUCGGCCAGUUUGCAAAGACGGAGGUUGACGAGUGGUACGAAGAUUGGACCACGCAGGUCAUCGAGGGGAGAGUCGUUGAUGCAGCCGCGGCGGAGGUUGCAGAUGAUGAUGAUGAAGAUGGCCCUUUGGUGCGCACGUGGCAAAAGAAUGAUGAGGAGGACGACCUCGCGGACGAGGAGGACGACGUCGCCCUGCUCGGCUCAGUGGAACGCACUUGGCAUGCCAACACGAAGCCAGGGAAGCAUAGAGUGCGCGAGCUGCGGAGGAAGUCGGGCCUCCAAGAGCCCGAACCUUCAUUCCUUUACACGGCGGAGGGCUGUGACCGUGCCAUGAGCGCACGACAAGCGGGUGAUUGGGUGCACGGGAGGGAGGAGGCAUCAGGGCGUCGGCAACAGAACGAAAGGCAGCAACACCCGAGCCCGAUGAAGAACGGCCAACACGCAAGGGGAAGAGUAAGGAGGGAGGUGAUGGAGUCGCACCGCCGAAAAGGAAGAGGGGGCGGCCUCCUCUUUCACCGCCAAAGAAGGCUGCAAAGGCUGCAGCUGAGGCUGCGAAGAAGGCCGCAGAAGACGAAGCGGCUGCCGCCAAGGCUGCAAAAGCAUCCACUGCUGCAGAGGCAAGGCCGAAGAGGAAGCGCGCGGCCCGAUCAUGGAGGACGACGAUGACAAUCUGCGUGCCCAGGCCGCAGUGCACUCUUCUGGACCGACGUCAUCGUCGUUCGAAGAAAGCGGCAAAUC